UACACGUAGAACAAAACGAUCUUGAAAGAAUAAUUGACGAAAAAGAUAUUAGUCAAAUUAUCUUCCUAACAAGAGAAGGGAUAUCACUUUACUGUUUAUACGAAGUAGAAAAUCACAUUACAAUCAAUAAAACUCUUGAACAAAUAUCACACUGUAAAAGAUAUCACGAACUAUUCCAAGUGAUAACUGAACUUCAAGAAUAUCGAAUACAACCAACAGAUAAUUUAACAGUAGAAGAACAAGAAUCACAAUCACAAGAAAUCAUAUCACGAUAUAACCAAAAUAAGGACACCUAUAUUCAAGAAAGAAAACAACUUCGAGAAUUAAAUGCACAUACUACUUCAAUAUAA